CACAGACUGGGGUGGUGGGUGUGGGGCUAAUGUGGGAGGGCUCAGGUGGUAAUGGUGGCCAGGUUCCUAACAGGCCACGAACCUGGUGUUGGAGCCGCAGCUCUGUUGUAUGCUUGGCAUAUGGCAGAGGCAAGGUUGUGACAUUUAAGUUGAGAACUAAAAUGUCAGGUGUUAGCCAGCUGAAAAGUAGAUGUCCAGGUGAUGGGCACAGGAUAUGCAAAGGCCCUGAGAUCAUAGUAGCAUAGAGCCUAAGAAACAGGAAGGGAGGGAUGGUGAGGUAGGAGAAUUGCAAGAGAAGGAGACAGCAGCUUGAGGUAAGCCUGGAUUAAUAGGUAGAAAACCUGACCACACAGGUCUUGAGGACAUGUUAAGGAUUUUGAAGUGAUUGUAAGUAAUUUGGAAGAUAUUACAGGUAUUCAGUAAGAUAGGAAUCAUUUUGAUAUGGAGAGAAUAAAUUGGAGGCGAUCAAGAGGGACUUGAGAGGUAGGGGGCUUUUGUUAAUAUUGUUAUCAUCAUUAAUAGCUAGUGUUUAUUAUUUGUUUGCUGUAGGCCAAGAACUGUGCUAAACCCUUUUCCCUCCUCAUCUCAUGUAAACUCCACAACAUCCCAGUGAAGUGGUGUUAUCCCUGUUUUAUAGACAAGGGAACUGAGAUACAGCAAGGUUAAGCAACUUGGCCAAGGUCGUAGGGCUAGUAAGUGGCAGCUGAGGUUUGAACCCGGACAGUGUAACAUUGUAAAUCCUGAGCUGUUAGCCACUGGGCCCAUGGUUUUUAAUGCAUGAAGUGGUGGGCCAUUAGUGAGACUUGGAAUUAAAUGGAUCACAACUGGUAUUCUUUUUAAAAUUUAAAUGGAGUAGUAAAUAUCCUUAUUACAUGGAAAGUACUCUGAUAAAAUAUUCAUAAGUGAAACUUGAUUUCACUUUUUAUUUUAUGUAACUAUGUACAUUUGUGAGCUUGUGAGCUGUUACAAAAGGCUAAGCAGCAUUUGUCCAGGCAGGAGCUGAUGAUGGCUGGGGUUAGAACUGUGCCAGUACAUAUGGGGAGAAGAGGACCUCAGCAUUAAGAGGCAGAGGUGGCAGGACUCAGUGAGAGAUUGAAUGUGGGAGCCCCAGAUAGCAUCGAUUGUGGGGCACGCUGCACUCAGUCCACUUGAGAUGGGCUCUUCUUGGAGGGGUUCUUCUUGGUGGCUGUUUUACCACCUGAUUCUCUAGUUUCUCCCAGCUGCAGCUCAUAGGACCUGGGGUUGGCAUCUUGCCCGAGAGCAGCCAGUCUGUAAGCUGGCUGUGAACCCAUGAGGUGAUCUGUUACUGAAAACUGCCUAAAUGGAUGUUGAGCCAAGAAUAAAGGUUCUCUCUGGAAUUGGAGGUUGAUGACAGUUAGAAGCAUGCUUUCCACUGAACUUCCUUGGAUACCAUUUGUUACUCAGAAUGUCUCUGAGUGAGAACUCGGUUUUUGCCUAUGAGUCUUCGGUGCACAGCACCAACGUCUUGCUCAGCCUCAAUGACCAGAGGAAGAAGGACGUGCUGUGCGACGUCACCGUCUUCGUGGAGGGUCAGCGAUUCCGCGCCCACCGGUCCGUGCUGGCCGCAUGCAGCAGCUACUUCCACUCGAGAAUCGUAGGCCAGGCCGACGCGGAGCUUAACAUCACUCUGCCAGAAGAGGUGACAGUUAAAGGAUUUGAACCUUUAAUUCAGUUUGCCUACACUGCUAAACUGAUUUUAAGUAAAGACAAUGUGGAUGAAGUGUGCAAGUGUGUGGAAUUUUUAAGUGUGCAUAAUAUUGAGGAAUCCUGCUUUCAGUUUCUCAAAUUUAAGUUUUUGGACUCCACUGCAGACCAGCGAGAAUGCCCAAGAAAAAAAUGCUUUCCAUCACACUGUCAGAAAACGGACCUUAAAUUUUCACUUUUGGACCAGAAGGAUCUAGAAAUUGAUGAAGUGGAGGAAUUUCUGGAAAAUAAAAAUGUUCAGACUCCUCAGUGUAAACUCCGCAGGCCUCAAGGAAAUGCAAAAGCAUCACCGCCUCUACAGGACAGUGCCAGUCAAACGUACGAAUCCAUGUGCUUAGAAAGGGACGCUGCUCUCGCUUUGCCAUCUUUAUGCCCCAAAUACAGGAAAUUCCAGAAAGCAUUUGGAACUGACAGAGUCCGCACUGUAGAAUCCACUGUCAAAGACACUCAUGCUUCUGUGCAGCCAAAUGAGACAUCUGAAAGUGAAUGCCUGGGAGGGGCCCAGGAGUGUGCAGAUUUGCAGGUGGUUUUAAAAUGUGAAGAAAGUAAAUUGGCAAUGGAACCUGAAGAAACAAAGAAGAAAGAUCCUGCUUCUCAUGGCCCAACUGAAAAAACAGAAGUGACUCCUUUCCCUUACAGUUCUUCCUCAGACCCUCACGGACUGUAUUCUCUGUCUCUUUUACACACAUACGACCAGUAUGGUGACUUGAAUUUUACUGGUAUGCAAAGCACAGCAGUGUUAACAGAAAAGCCUUUGUCAGGUCCAGAUGUUCAAGAAGAUAAAACGUUUGGCGAAAGUCAAGGUUUACAUCUGAAAUCUGACUCGGGCCCCAGGGAAGAUAGUAGCCUUGCCUCAAGCGAUCGGAGCAGUGUGGAACGAGAAGUGGCAGAACACCUCGCGAAAGGCUUCUGGAGUGACAUUUGCAGCACGGACUCCCCUUGUCAAACACAGUUGUCACCUGCCGUGGCCAAAGAUGGCUCAGAACAGGUCUACUCACAGAAACGGUCUGAGUGUCCCUGGUUGGGGAUCAGGAUCAGUGAGAGCCCAGAACCAGGUCAGAGGACUUUUACAACACUGAGUUCUGUCAACUGCCCUUUUAUAAGUACUCUGAGUACCGAAGGCUGUUCAAGCAAUUUGGAAAUUGGAAACGAUGAUUAUGUUUCGGAACCCCAGCAGGAGCCUUGUCCGUAUGCUUGUGUCAUUAGCUUGGGAGAUGACUCGGAGACGGACACAGAAGGAGACAGUGAGUCCUGUUCAGCCAGAGAACAAGAAUGUGAGGUAAAACUACCAUUCAAUGCACAACGGAUAAUUUCACUCUCUCGAAAUGAUUUUCAGUCCUUAUUGAAAAUGCACAAGCUGACUCCGGAACAACUGGAUUGUAUCCAUGAUAUUCGAAGAAGAAGUAAAAACAGAAUUGCUGCACAGCGCUGUCGCAAGAGAAAACUUGACUGCAUACAGAACCUUGAAUCAGAAAUAGAGAAACUGCAACAUGAAAAGGAGAGCUUGUUGAAGGAAAGAGACCACAUUUUGUCAACUCUGGGUGAGACAAAGCAGAAUCUAACUGGACUUUGCCAGCAAGUCUGUAAAGAAGCAGCUCUAAGUCAAGAACAAAUACAGAUACUCGCCAAGUACUCAGCCUCAGAUUGCCCACUUUCAUUUUUAAUUUCUGAAAAAGAAAAGAGUACUCCUGAGGGUAAAGUUGCUUUACCAUCGAUUUUUAGUCUGUCUAAUGGGCCUCCAGCUGUGCUGCCCCCCAGCACGAGAGGAGACGGUGAGUCCAGCUGUGCACAGAGGCACGAGUCACAACUGACGUCCACAGCCACCUCUGAGCAAGCUGGGCUUGUGCAACAGUGUCGUCAGAGUGGUGGGAUCUCAGAUUUCUGCCAGCAGAUGACUGAUAAAUGUACUACUGAUGAGUAAACUUGCGUUCACUUUCUUCACACUAAUUUUCUACUGAAGUUUUGGCAUUGUCUUGAAAGCUAAUAUUGCCAUCUGCUGUUUAACGAUAUUGUUUUUUGCCCUAGUAGUUUGCCAUAAGGGAAUGUCUCUUAAGUCAACCCUGAUUUGUCCCUGAUUUCCACAAGAGACACAGAAGUGAUUUUGCCUCCUGGAUACUGAAAAUCACACGUGAAAAUGUAGCAAGCCUUUAAAACUUAUGUCUCAAAGAAUAAUAACUAUUUGUAAUAACUUCCCAAUAUUCAAGAUAGAUAUGAAAGUGAAAACUGCAACACAUCAAAUAGCAGUUUAACAGCUCGAAAUGUCAGCAGGUAGUUCUUACUAAAGAAGUGGCCUGCAGAAGUUUAAUAAUCUGGCCUUUUAUUGCAAUAUACUGGUUUAUAAGAAAAUUUCUUCCCAAGCAAUGCUAAUAGUGUUCUAUUCUACAAAGAAAUGGGGUGUCAGCUACUGGGACUAUUUGUGUAGAGCUUCAGUGUGAAACAUAGGUCAUCUUGUCUGAAUCCUAGAGCUUUGCCCUUUGGCUCCUACUAAAACCAGAGGUAGGUUGGACGUCAUUGUGACUUUUAAACUACGUUUGGAAGAUUAGUAAAUAGACAGGUGGUUGGGCUAAGGUGAGGGCUUCUGCUCCUCCUCAGUAUGAAAUUCUGGUUGCAUGAACAGUAGAUGAGAGUCACUUUUCCCUCUUUUUUUCUCUCUUCAGUCUGCUACAUUUGGGCUGAUCAUGAACUUUGCAUUUCUUGAUGUUCUUGUCCUUUUGGAAGAGGAAUAGGACUCAGGGUUCAGUGGCAUGAGUGAAGGCACUGGCAGCAUUGUCUUAGGCUCCCAGAAUCCGGGACAGCUUAUCGACACACAAGGCUGUUCACUCUUCCAGCAUAGGUCACCAGUGCCACAGAGCCAGGAGUCGGGGGGAAACAAAAUUUCCUACAUCCGCCAGGAGUGCAGUUCAUUUUUCAUCCUGUUUUUGAAGUCCUAUGGUUUACUUGUAAAAAGCAUUAUUAUAGAUAAAAAUUUGUCUACAACAACUCUGCAGGUUUGUAAAAUAGGAUGAAACUCAACCUUGUUCUGGUGUGGGUUUGCAUUUGGAAACCAGGUUAAUCCUUUCUCUCUUCCCCAAAUCUGGUAUGGUAUGGCACAGCAAUCAUUUUGACUUGGGCAUUUAAAAAUCAGUCUUUGUGUUUAUUCGAUCCUGUUAUAAAAUAGAUGUAUAAUUUGAGCUCCUAUCCUAUAGCAUUUUGCAAUGCUUUUAGCAUUCUGGAGUUACAGGCUUGUUUGAGAGUCAAAUGAAAGCUAUGGAUUUUCUCAGCACUUAAAAAAAAUGCAUAUAUUCACAUGAACAGAAACAUUUUCAGAACCCAAUUUAAAAGGGUACCAGGAAGUAGUUUAUAGUGCUUGGAAUAAAAAGUAUUUCAUUUCACCAGUUUCAAACACCUGAAAGAGAUACUUCUAUAGACUACAUCCUGGGCCUAGUGAGGGCCUGUCUAGCUGAUGUGGGUGACAACCACCCGCUGUGUUUGAAUGAGUCUGAAGAAAUCAGGCCUUGGCCGUGAGUGUAUGUCAGGGUCAGCCUUCAUGUCUCAGACUCAUUUGUCAGAUGUUACCCUUUUUGAUCACAAUGUGCGGGGAGGAUAUUGCUAGUGUAUUUUCAGUGGCUAGUGUGUUAUCUUUGUUAUUGACUUACUUGUAAGAGAAAACUAGUUGGGCUUGUUUAUUUUCUAGUGACUUUCAUAAGUACACUAAAUUUGUCAGGGAGAAUGAUAAUUCUAUGAUAAUGCAUCCCAUACUCCAAAAGAAUUGCGUGUGUAUACAUAUAUCUCCCCAUGUAGCUAUUUCCUUAAUAUUUGUAAUUUUAAAUUUCAACUUCACAAUAUAAAAUAAUAUAAAAACUUUUCUGGUUUACAAAGUGUAAAAUCUUAUACAAGCCAAUGGAAUCCUUGAUUUCCUACCUCAGUGUACACUCAACUGUUUGUCAUAUCAGUUUGUGUAUGUGCAAAUGUCAGAUAAUCUUUUGCGUUAAUUGCUACUGUAAAUAUUGGCUUUUUAUUUUGUGAUAAAACCUAGCUGUCUUCAGAGCUUCAGUAUAAUUUUUAAGGCGCUUGGUUUAAAUUUCUCUCUAUAAACAGUUUAGCAUUAAGGGUUUAUUUUAAUGAUAUUGGAUUAUUGGCCAACUGUAAUAUUUCUUAAAAUUUAGCAUUAAUUUUACUAGCCAGCAUAUAAUACAAGUAACUACACUACCUCAUACCUAUGUGAUUUUCAAGUUGUAAUACAGAUGGACAGAUAAAAAAGAUUUUAUCUUUGUUUUUUGACCAUAAGGUGGGGAAGUUUUCUAUAUAUUGCAUAGCAUUACACAUUUAUGCUUAUUUUAACCUUAACUUCUAAAGAAGUUUUUUAUAAGAAAAUUUGUUUCAAAGCAAUAUAUUUUUUUUGAGGCUGCCGAAGACAAAUGACAGGAUUAUGUGUAUACAGUGUAUGCCUUUUCCUUCAUGCAGAGUCUUGAAAAUGUUUUCAGUUUGUAUAUCACAUAUUUACAUGAUCAUUGUUCUUUAUUUUAUGAACUGGUCUUCUCAAUGCUUGAUGAUUUUUAAAAAGCUGUUAUGUCUAAUUCAGUAAAAUAUCAUUACCUUAAAUUUUUUUAUUUGAAUCCUGUAACAAUAGCAAAUCAUUUGUUAAAUUGUUAUAUUCAAAACAAAUGUGGGUGUAAUCUUGGUUCUCCAUUUGUAAGUUUUAUAACAAUUUAUAGCUUAUUGCUUAACCAAUUUCAAAUAAGGAAGUAAAUAUAUUUGAUGCAGUAGACGAUACAGGUUGCAUGUGGACACUCAGCCACAUUAACAACUUGGAAAGAAAAGAAAUGGCAAUGUUAUAAUGAAUUCUCAGGUGAAAAUUUUUCAGUUAUGAAACAUCUAUUUUGAAUUUGUAAAUAUUUUAAAUGUUUUAUUAAGGCAUGUAAUAAACUAUUCUUUGAAACUUGUUGGGUAGGAUGAAAAUUUAAAGCCAUAGUGGUAAAAGGUGGCAUACUGAUUGUAAAAGAAACAAAUAAUUACAUUGGUUUUUUGUACCUUUCAUAAUGAUUUUCUAACAAUGCAAUAAAACCACUAAACUUAUAUAUCCAUAUCCUAUUAAAACCAUGUUUCAUUAAAAGUACACUUUCGUAGUAUUUAAUUUACAUUUUCUUCCUAAUGUGCUUGCCCAAAUGUAGCAAAACUAUAAAUGUUAGAUGUUGGUGAUAAAUUGACAGCUAAAUAAAAUUCUUUAAAAUUGCUUCUAAU